CCCACUCUGGCCAAAUGCCACAUGAACUCGAUGUACCUUACACCUUGAACUUCUAUGCUAGCAUUGGUGCUUGAAAUUAACUUUGGUAUUAUAGACAAUUACUAGACAACGUCCCUGAAAUCCGCAUUACCACAGCUAUUCUCUACCUAUAACCUAUUACGUAUCUAGACCUUCAAAAUGGCACCCGGGAUGUCCUUAUCCUCGGUGAAUGCCAUCAUCAUUCUCAACGUCGAUGAUGGUUCCCGGAUAUUCGCGAAAUACUACAACUCUCCCCACCAUGCGCCCACAGCUUCUUCAACUCCUCACCACCAACCUAGCGGGCCGUUCGCAGAUGUGAAGUCGCAGAAGACGUUCGAGAAGGGUCUACUCGAGAAGACGGCAAAGCAGACCGGUGACAUCAUCCUCUAUGACAACCGGAUCGUUCUGUACAAGAUGGAGUCCGACGUGAUGAUGUACGUCGUGGGUGGCGUGGACGAGAACGAGGUCCUCCUAUACAACGUCAUUCUAGCACUACGAGACUCGCUACACCUACUAUUUAAGCAAUCGGUUGAUAAGCGAACGAUUAUCGAAAACUAUGACUUGGUUUCAUUGGCUAUCGACGAGAUUGUAGACGAUGGCAUCAUCUUAGAGACCGACCCGACAAUCAUCGUACAAAGAGUCAGCAAGGCGCCGACGCAAGAUGUUAACCUCAGCCGCAUCGACCUUAGCGAACAAGGAGUGAACAACCUGGCGCAAUUAGGAAAGGCGAAGUUGACAGAUUGGUUGAGACAAGGAUUGUGAGACACCGCAGUUCAUAUGAAGAUUAUGAGAUGGCCUUAAACGUAGACUCUGGCAUGGCGUUGGUAAAA